UUUCCGUAUGCAGUUAUGAGAAGGAAGAACAGAAUAUUUUGGUUAUUUGGUCGUCGGAAAAGGUGUACCAUCCCUCUGAUCGUACUGAUAGCUUCCAUACUGGGGAUGUCCUGGUGGAUAGCAGAGUUUAGCAGUAAAGUAUUGUUACCUCCACCGCCCCCUGAUCAAAAUCUGGACCACUUAAGGAGGAAUAGAAGCUUAAAGUAUUAUAUUAGUAAGAUCCAACUACUAAUAGAGCCUUCAUCAUCACCUUGUGAUGGCGUUGAGGAGGUACCGAUCAUCGUCCUGGUCACGAGCCCGCCGACUCGCUUCGAACAGAGAAGUGCCAUCAGGAGCACCUGGGCUAAACACCAACCUACAUACUUCGUUUUGGGCCUCGAUGGACCGAGUGUUGAUGAGCAGUUAGUAGAUAAUUAUGUGGAAGCCAAACAGCACGGGGAUCUGGUGAUUUUCGACUUCCAAGAGCACUACCAGAAUCUGACACUGAAGACUGCUCUCAUGCUGCAGUGGACUUUAGAUCGCUGCCCACAGGCCGAGUUCCUGUUUAAGACUGAUGAUGAUGUUUUCGUCAACCCUUGGACGUUAAAGAAGGUGGUUAGAGAUAAUAAGGAUGCCCAGUUGCUUGGGUAUAGUAUAAAUGACACAUAUUUACAUCGUGAUGCGUACAGUAAAUGGUACAUACCACGAUGGCUGUGUCCGGAUGACUUUGUCUCUGGAUAUCUCUCUGGAACUGGUUAUUUUAUAAGCGUGGAGUAUAUUAAGAAACUACUCACGGCAGCUACCUACGUACCUCUAGUCAAUAUAGAAGAUAUAUACUUCACAUAUCUAGUGGCGAAGAGGUAUCUACGCCUUACUUUGUCUCAUGAUAGAAGAUUGAGUCCUAAAAAACCUUGGUUUUUAUUUGGCUGUGUUUAUUGGCAUCUGGCCACAGCUCAUAAUAUCAGUCCAGAAGAAUUGGCCAGCAUAUGGCCAAAAAUAGAAGAUAUUGCCAAAGAAUCUUACACUCGCAAAGAGAUUUGUAAAUAUUACGAAUUUCUGUCAAGUGAUUUGUUUUUGUAUUGA